AUGGCGAUAAAAUUGUGUUGCUUCCCCAAGGAUCCACUGGAGGAUGUGGAGACUUGGAGUGAGUCUGUGGACAAAGUCCUCAGCUGUAAAGCCGGACAGAUAGCUUUUCGGGAGUUUCUGAAGUCCGAGUACAGCGAGGAGAACAUUCUGUUUUGGAUCGCUUGUGAAGAGUAUAAAAAAAUCAAGACGACGCCAGAGAUGAUCUCCUCUGCCAACCGGAUCUACUCCGAGUUUGUCCAAACAGAAGCGCCCCGACAGAUCAACAUAGAUUGUGGCACCAGAGAAAACAUAACGAAGAACAUCUCCCAGCCUUCUCUGACUUCGUUUGAUUCGGCCCAGAAGCUCGUCUACAGUCUGAUGGCAAGGGACUGCUACCCGCGUUUCCUAAAAUCUCACAUGUAUCAGGGACUCCUGAGGAGAAAUGAUUCGAGGUGA